CAUGCGGGCGGUGGAAGAAGCGUACUCGAAGCAAGCAAAUGGGGAGAAAUGCGAGAAUAUAUGUAUGUGGAUGGCUUAUGAAUGUGACGAAAGCCUAUGGUACAGCAGCAGAGCGGCAGAGCACUCGAGUCGGGAUGGGCGAGCGAAGGGAGGAGGCCAGCGGGGGCCGCGAGGGAGAGAAGGAAAGAAGAUAUUGAUGUUGCGCGCCGGGCAGGGAACGCAUGAGGGUGCAAUUGUUUGGACCAGGCGGCAGCGGGCGACGGACGCAAGGGCGCCGGACAGCAGCUGAAUAUGUAAUUGUGUAUGCGUGCGAGGUAUGGAAUGGACGUGGGUUGUGGAGCGAUGGCGGGCGAGAGGGCGUGUAGCAGAAAAACGGCAGAGAGCCAGGCCGGAGGCCGG